AUGUUCACCAGGAAAGUGAGCGUCAGCAGGCACCUCCGCACACACACGGGCAAAAAGCCGUUCAAAUGCAACCAUUGCCCGGCCGAGUUCGCGGAUCGUUACAACUUGACGCAACACUUGUUCGUGCACAGCGGCGAAAAGCAGUAUAAGUGCGAAGACUGUGGCAGAAGGUUCGUGCGAUGGUGGACCCUUUCGUGCCACAACAGGACGCACACCGGCGAGAAGCCGUUCUCAUGCGAUUCGUGUCCGACCGAGUUUUCCCUGAAGCGCACGUUGGUCACCCACAAGCUUACACACUCCGAAGAAAAGCCCUGGCAGUGUGACCUCUGCGACAAGACGUUCGCGCUAAAGCCCAACCUGAGGCGCCACUCCCGAGUCCAUACUGGCGAGCGACCGUACGAAUGCAACCUCUGUCCAGCCACAUUUUCCAGCUAG